GGAUGCGGACAAACAAAUGGCACAAGAUGAUGUGCUUUUGCUGUCAGCCGAUUUGAAUCCAGAGUUCAAAUGGUCUCAUCGCAUCUUCAGUGUUUUCUCCAUCCGCUCUGCUUGCAGUUAGGCCGACAUUCAUCAAAGUCAUUAUGUCAAGCGCUACCUCCAGUGUGGCCCGAGUGGCUUAUUUGGCUUCGGAUAUCAUCGUAGAUUCCCAGCCCACCCUUCCAUCCACCUCACAAUUCGCAAAAGAGUAUAGCUCACUCUCUGCAACUUCCAGUCGACGUCCGACAAUCUUGUCGGUGCCCCUAGGCGGCGAUCCAGGGUCAACAUUACUCAGAAACGGAUCGGCUGCUGGACUCAUCUCGUUUACCUCUUCAGCAGCAGCACAGACUGUAAUCAGGCUUGUUCUGGAUGCCGCUGAACUUUCUUCACUUCCCCUUGUCUUGCAUCUUGCCGUGAAAAAUGACUUGUCCGAAGUCCUUUUGCUCCAUUCUGCCAUCCCUUUUUUCCUCGUCUCCAGAACCCCGCAACAAGCACACGAUAACUCACUCCUGGCAUCUCGGUUAGCACGGACGGAGAAGAAGGCAGUCGUGCAUGUCUUUUAUAACGCAGUAAAUGAUCCAGUGGAGGUAAUACCGGAGAGUGAGGUGCAGCCUUUCCUUCUCUCGGAGAAGCUUGCGUCGACCAAUGGAAUGAAUGGGCACAAUGGAAUGAACGAGCACAAUGGUCAUGCAAUCAGUGCAAAUGGCACCAAUGGUCUCAACGGUCAUUCAGCAACUAUAGUAUCUCCUGGCUCAGAGCUUUUCAAGCUUUACGAGCGCGCAGCGCUAUCUACGGUCGUUCGUAUUCGUCGCGCAUGCCCCCCGUUUUCUGUACAUGGUCCCAGCGAACCCCACACUGUCAUCUUUGGGUUGGGUGAUAUCCCUUCUGUGGAUAUCGACGGAGUGUCGAUUGUCUCACUCAGCUUGCUCACUCCCCUCCUCCCCUCCCGCAUACUCGAUGUCAUUCCACCAUCUGCAUCACGUGUCAUCAUUCUCGAGCAGCUGCAACGCUGGAACACUAAAUGGACGCCUUUGUACCUUGAACUUGUCAAUGCAAUUCAUCAGCGGGAAGUAGAGCAGCGACCCCACAUUCAGAGCGUUUACUUCAGUGACCCUGCUCAAGUGAUUCCCCUUGCAAUUUUGAAACUUCUCCAAGCAGCUCCCUCUUCUGCUCCAAUUCAACUUGGAAGCACCAGCACCUCCUCAAAUCUUUCGCUAGAAGUGCCACACGUACCCAAGCACGAGUCGUCUUAUACGAAGAUCUUGUCUCACGUCUUUGGCGAACGUCUCGAAGUUUCCAAUUCGCCUGACUUGGUGCUUAAACAAGGUGCUAUUGCCACCAGUCCGGAGUUUGCAUUGGGCCGCGUCCGAGGACAACUCGAUCAACGAAAUGAACUCACUCGCUCUGUGCAGAAGUUAUUGGAGGUUAAGGACAUCAGCCCCGAGCUGCAUAAACUUUGUAGCCAGUGGGUCCUUGUCAAGGACGACGAUGCCAAGAGUCGCUCGGUGGGAAAUGAACUCAUCACCGCUCUCGAGUCUUCAAAGUUCUCGAGUCCUAUCAUCGACCGCAUUCUUGCACUCCGUGCACACUUCCCCACACGCUCGAGAUGGAUCAUUGGCUCAGACGCCUGGUCUUACGAUCUUGGCGCCUCUGGUCUACACCACGCCAUCGCAUCCGGACUCAACAUCAACAUUCUCAUCAUCGACACCCUUCCCUACACAUCCCGCAACUCCGCCGAUCCACACCGCCGUAAGCAAGACGCCGGUCUGUAUGCAAUGAACCACGGCGAUGUUUAUGUAGCGAGUGUCGCAGUGUAUUCGUCGUAUGCUCAAGUACUGCAAGCAGUGAUGGAGGCGGACAGGCACAAGGGCCCCAGCGUCGUGCUCGCAUACCUGCCUUACCAAAAUGAGGAUGCACCAGCACUUGAGGUUUUGAAGGAGACCAAGCUCGCUGUCGACGCUGGGUACUGGCCGCUUUACCGUUGGGACCCUGUGAAGGAAGCACAAGGCAAAGAGCCAUUCGCGCUCGACUCGGACGCUGUGAAGAACGACCUACAGCAGUUCCUUGACAGGCAGAACCAUCUGUCACAACUCGUACGCUCCAAGCCCGAGCUUGCUACGGAACUGGUAAGCAGCUUGGGUGAGAAUGUGAAGGAGGCGAGAAGGAAGAAGGCACAACAGGCAUAUGAUGACUUGGUUGUCUCGCUUGAUGCACCACCGUUGGUAGUGCUGUAUGCAUCGGACGGUGGCACCGCAGAGAAGUUUGCGAAGCGAUUGGCCAACCGCGGUAAAGCCAGAGGCUUGUCAACAUCCAUCGGCACCAUUGACUCUAUGUCCAUCGAUACCCUCUCUCAAGAGGAGUAUGUGGCCUUCGUUACAUCUGUGGCAGGUCAGGGUGAGCCCCCACAGAACGGUCGGACUUUGUUCAAGGCGCUCAACGCUGCUGCUCUUCGUGGAGAGAAGCCCUUCUCGAAGCUUCGAUACUCGGUCUUCGCCCUUGGUGACAGCCACUACUGGCCACGCCCAGAAGAUGCUCACUACUACAACAAGCCGGGCAAGGACCUCGACGCUCGUUUGGAGCAGCUGGGGGGAGAGCGUUUUGCAGAUAUCGGGCUCGCUGAUGACCAGGAUGCAGAUGGACCAGACACCGGGUACAAAGUGUGGGAGCCCCUCGUGUGGAAAACGUUCGGUGUCGACAGCAUUGAAGUGAAAGAAGCAGAACCUGACCCGAUCACCAAUGAGCAUAUCAAGGCGGCCUCGGGUUACCUUCGCGGCACGAUUGCUGAGGGUCUCGAAGAUACUAGCACGGGCGCCCUCGAUCCCAGUGACACCCAGCUCACAAAGUUCCACGGUAUCUACCAACAAGAUGACCGCGACAUCCGUGACGAGCGUCAAGCUCAAGGAGUCGAACCUGCCUACAGCUUCAUGAUUCGCGUUCGCACGCCCGGUGGUGUGUGCACGCCUGAGCAGUGGUUACAAAUGGACCGGAUCGCUGAUGAACAUGGCAAUGGGACGUUCAAGAUCACUACAAGAGCGACAUUCCAGUUCCACGGUGUCAUCAAGCAACACUUGAAGCCUUCCAUUCAGGAAAUCAACAAGGUCUUGUUGGACACUUUAGCUGCGUGUGGCGACGUCAAUCGGAAUGUUAUCUGUUCCGCUAUUCCUUCUUUGUCCCGACUUCAUGCGCAGGUCUACAACUUCGCGAAGCUUGUCAGCGCUCACUUAUUGCCUAGAACAACAGCAUACCAUGAAAUUUGGUUGGACAAGAAAAUGGUUGCCGGUGAGGCUGUGAAGGACUUUGAGCCGCUCUACGGCGAGUUCUAUCUUCCUCGAAAGUUCAAAAUUGCAGUUGCGGUACCACCUACUAAUGACGUUGAUGUCUUUGCAAACGACUUGGGCUUCAUCGCCAUCGUCGAUGAGCAAGGAGAAUUGGCUGGUUUCAAUGUUGCUAUCGGUGGUGGCAUGGGAGUAACCCACGGCAAUAAGAAAACAUACCCUCGAGUUGCCGAUGUUAUUGGUUUCUGUACCGUCCAACAAGGUCCUGCCGUAGCAGAAAAGAUCAUGCUUACACAGCGCGACAACGGUAAUCGUGCAGAUCGCAAAAACGCUCGAUUGAAAUACACUAUUGACCGAAUGGGACUGGAUGCAUUCAAAGCAGAGGUUGAGAGUCGACUUGGUUAUCCAUUGGCUCCAGCACGAUCAUACACGUUCGACCGCAACAUCGAUGACUUUGGCUGGUCAACGGGAGAUGAUGGCAGGCACCACGUUAUGCUCUUCAUCGAGAACGGGCGUAUUCAGGACGAGCCCGACCGUGAUUUUAAAACUGGUCUUCGCGAAAUUGCCAAAAUACACAAGGGCACAUUCCGUCUGACCGCGAACCAGCAUAUUAUGGUCUCAGAAAUCUCUACGGAAGACGUGCCCGAGAUCAAGAGAAUACUCGCCAAAUACAAGUUGGACAACUUGAACCACACUGGUUUGCGGCUGUCGUCAUCGGCUUGUGUGGCUUUCCCGACGUGCGGUCUCGCAAUGGCUGAGUCUGAGCGUUAUCUGCCAGUACUCAUUGACAAGGUCGAGAAAGUCUGUGAGGAGAAUGGGCUUCGCAACGAUUCCAUUGUCAUGCGGAUGACUGGUUGCCCCAACGGCUGCGCAAGACCAUAUGUCGCUGAGGUCGCCUUCGUAGGCAAAGCGCCUGGAUCUUAUUCCAUGCUUCUUGGUGGUGGAUACUACGGCCAGCGCCUGAACAAGAUUUACCGGGAAACAGUAUCGGAACCCGAGAUCCUCGCCAUCCUUAAACCUAUGAUCAAGCGAUAUGCGCUCGAGCGAAACGAGGGCGAGCAUUUUGGUGACUUUGUCAUCAGGGCGGGAUACAUUGCUCCAACAACAUCCGGGAAAGAGUGGUACGAAGGCAUGGGCGGAGAAGGGCAGUAUCGUGAGGCCGCCGCCGCCGCAUGAGGUCCUCGACCUUUUACAAUCGCUACAUCUAUGAGAUAUAUUUUUGGGUAUCAAGUCACCUUACAACUUGCUGGUCAUGGAAUGACGUAUGAAAUUGAGAUGUCCAUUCGAACACUGUAUCGUAUGUGCCACAUAAAAUCAUCUCACUCUAAUUCCUAUUGCUUGCUAACCUUAGCUUCUGCGAGUGACUCCUUCACGGCGCUGAUAACCUUGUCAAUGUCCCCUCGACUAGGGUCAACUACAGAAACACCCAUGUGCCUG